AUACACUACUCAUGUCUUUGAUGCGAGUGGUGACAGGUAGGCGAAUGUCUGCCUUCUAUCCUACUCCUUGAUAUCAUGUGCCAUGUGGUUGUUAGUUUUCAAGCUAUGCUAUAGUUCUCUCCACUCCAGUUAACGUGAGUUGGUUGUGUUUUAUUGUGUAAAUAUUUUUCAUUUUGCUGCGCAGAGUUAUAAAUUAGUGCCCGUUUUAUCGAGGAUUAUAAGUUUAUGAAACAUUGAAACGAAUAGGAAGCGAAACAACUGAAGUACCUACCUACUCUCGACCUCCAUAAACUAGAGUUCCCUACAUAAACUGUCUAUGCUUCGGUCUUAACUGAAACAAUCAACAUGUCGUCGUGUCAAUCCAACCUUUCAACCAGCGCGUCCUUCCAAGAAUGCUGGUGUAGUACAGUUCAAUUUCAUGAAACGGAGUAUACUUGGAAAAUAGAUGAUUUUAAUGUUCAGCUGCAAAGAGGUGAAAUUAUUAAAUCUCCCUUAUUUUAUGCUGCUUCAAAUGAUAAUUUUAAAUGGUAUUUAGCACUUUAUCCUGUAGGCAAAAAUGGUGAUAAAGGUACCAUUGGUCUAUACUUAUUUCUGAGCAGAAGUAGUACUCGCAAAAGAGUAUUUACAAAAUAUGGGUUUUCAAUUUUAAGUAACGAUGGUCGCCCACAGGAUAAUUCUACCAAGAAUUCUGCUUACGAAUUCAACAACGACUCGGUGAAAUCUGCAAAUGGAGAUGGUCAAGGCUGGGCCAAUUUUCUUAACAAAGAUGAAACUUACAAGGAUAAAUUAUCGGAAAACGACGCGUUAACGAUUUCAUUCCAGUUGGCGUUCUUUGAAAUGAACGUUAAAAGUAUAGGAGAUAUUUUUCGUCGAUGUAGUAGUGCUCCUGCUCAUUUCAAACAUCUUUCCAAAAAUUUUGUAUCAGCGCUUGAGAAUCAUGAUUUCACAGAUUUCACUAUUUCUGCGCAAGGCAAAGAUUAUCCGGUUCAUAAGAUUAUUUUAGCUUCUUGUAGCGAUUACUUCGCCAAAAUGUUCAAAACUGGUAUGAAAGAGAGUGCAGAAAAUCGUGUUGAAAUUGCUGACGUAGAUGAGGUUGUUAUGGGUGAAGUAUUGAGGUUCAUUUACACGGGUAAGUGUGAAAAUACGAGUACGGAUAAUUUAGCUUACGACUUGAUAGCUGCUGCUGACAAGUAUGAUUUAGAUCAUCUGAAAAAAAUUUGCGAAGAUUCAGUUUAUAAAUCUCUAUCGGUAGAUAGUGCGUUGAAUGUUUUGUUAUUGGCUGAUCAGUAUAAUGCGAAUGAAUUGAAAUCAAAGACGAUUGACUUCAUCGUUGAUAAAUCUUCUGAAAUUAUGAACUCGACGACUUGGGACGAGUUUACGUUGAAGCAUCCUAAAUUAGUGGGUGAAGUUUGUAAGCUAUCUUGUUCUCGUUUAUUCAAGAAUAAGGCUACUUCCGGCUAGAAGUAACUGAUAUGUACCUGUAUACCUACCUAUUUCUGUUCAGUGUUUGCGACUAGUAAUGUUAGUUCCUGAUUAAGUUAAUAGAUAGGUACUUUUUUAAAUAUCUGUUUAAAUAUGUAAUCUAAGGAUUAUUUUUUAUUCAUUUUUAAUCCUUAAUUUACAUACAUAUGUAACAUUGCAUCUUGCAGACUCAAAAUUCAGUUUCAAUCUCAAGUUCUUUUGUAUUUUUUAAAUUUUCGUACGUGUAAGUAUCCAUCUAUGGGUAAUAUUUUUUUUAUCGGAAAGGUUUUAUCCUCCCUUUUGAAUGUUGAACAUUAGAUUAAGUAUGAGACAAGUGGAUAAAGUGCAAUGAUUCGUCAUUAAUUUCGUAUCCGUUUCGUUUCCAUUCGCUAUAGAACUUUAACUUUUACGUUUCUUUUUAUUAGAAAUAUGUACUUAUACAGUUUGUUUUUAUACCUACUUAUUUACAUUUUCAAGUAAAUAUUUUACUAUCGA